AUGCGGAAAGCGACGACGCCGGACCUGAAUGUGACCUCUGUGUCGGAAGCCGAGAAGCAGAGGGAGACGCAACUGUCACAGGACCUCCUCCUCACCCAAGAAGAGAGGGGAUAUAAUCCCUUUGUGCCGAUAUUCGAAGGAAUCGCCAGUAAAAUCGAGGAGCAAGCGUCGAAAGGUGGACCACUGGCGGCCAAAAUGGCGGAUAUUGCUCUGAAGAUGAGGGAGCGGCUCGGGACAGCAGUGAAGGUUGGAGGAGUGGUUUUGAAGGAUCUGCCUUUGCUUCGAUACCAUGAAGUACUUGAAGAGCAAGCCGCCGCUCAUUUGACGCGUGUUGCUUUCGUCAUCGACGAUGUCAAGCCACAUCUGUACAGGGAUUUUCUGCUGAAAUCGGCUGGCGAGGGUACGUAUAAAGGCGGUCGUGAUGUAGCUAAACUAGAGGUGGAAGCGUACGAAGAUCUGUAUAAUAAGAUGCGGACGUCUACAGAGUUGCUGCUGUAUGACUAG